UCAAGCUCUUAGAACAUUGGGUUUACUGUUUAGGAGUCCAUGUUAGCAAAGCAGGCAUGAGAAUAUGCUAUCCUGUCCACCGUGUCAAAGCUCAAGCUUUUAAGUCUGGGAAUUUUCAGCGUAUCAUACUGAAUUUCUUGUGAAAAAUCAAAGAAGAACAAGAGCUAUUACAAGAGCUUAUGGCACUAACGAAUGGCUCUUUCCUCCAGAGCAUUUACAGGAAGUUCAAGCCGCAACUCCUCAUGGUUCUGGCUCAGAUUGGAUAUACCUUUCUGUAUUUUAUUACAGACGCUUCCUUCAAUCAUGGAAUGAAUCCUCAUGUCUAUAUUACUUACAGACACAUUGUUGCUGGUGUAGUGAUGUUACCUUUUGCCUAUUUUCUUGAGAGAAAAGUAAGGCCGAAGCUGACAGUAGCUCUUAUGCUCGAAAUCUUUGUCCUUUCUCUCCUUGGGGUUGGUUUGACUCUGAACAUGUAUUUUGCAAGCUUAAGAUACACCUCCCCAACCUUCGUUGCAUCAAUGGUCAACACCAUAGCUUCCCUGACUUUUGUAAUAGCCGUUGUACUCAGGUUAGAGGUUCUUGAUAUUCGACAUCCUCGAGGGAUGGCAAAGGUUCUUGGUACCUUGAUCUCCCUGGCCGGUGCAAUGACCAUGACACUGUACAAAGGGUCUCUAAUGAGAAAUCUAUGGCAGCCUUUAAUUCGUAUUCAAGGGAAUGCUGCAACCCACGAGAACUGGUUAAAGGGUUCUCUUCUAACAGUCGCAAGCUGCAUAACAUGGUCCAUAUGGUACAUUAUGCAGGCAUUUACAUUAAAAAGAUAUCCGGCCCAACUGUCACUGACUGCAUGGAUGAGCUUUAUCGGAGGAGCACAAUCAGCUGUAUUCACAGUGAUCAUAGAACAUAAACCAGCAGCUUGGACCAUAGGAUUCAACAUUGACUUCUGGUCCACCAUAUAUGGUGCAAUAGCGGUCUCUGGUUUGAUCGUCUUCAUUCAACUUUGGUGCACGGAAGAAAGAGGUCCAGUUUUUGUGACCAUGUUUAAUCCCCUUUCAACUAUAUUAGUAGCGAUUCUGGGAUACUUUGUCCUCGGAGAAAAACUUUACAUGGGCAGCAUACUAGGGGCAAUCAUCGUCAUCCUUGGCCUAUACAUGUUGCUGUGGGGGAAAGAUGGUGACCAACAAGUUCACAGCGACUCCAAAGAGCAACAGGAAAACAAGAAAUUGAUUAUCACUUCAGCUCUUAAGGAAGGAUCACAGUGCGAACCUUAAAGAUUAAACCGUUCCCCUGAUCAGUGUAGCGAAGUGUAGUUUGCAUCAACUUCUGCUUCAGAAAAAACAGGGAGGACGAGAAACUAAUGGACUGUUAUAUGCCAGAGCGAUUCUGUACAGCAAAUUUAGCAAGCAAAUCAGAUUGAGAUGAAACUGAAUAUCUUCUUGUAACCUUCACCUCAGAUCCCCCAAUAAAUCAUAGAAUAUAUAUAUAUUCAUCUA